AUGCGGCUUCGAAAACCAAAGUCGACAGCUACCGCCGUGCUUCUGGCCUCGGCGGGGCUGGUGGAGCGGCCCGCGGCCCCGCGCUCCGGAUGCUGCAUCUCCGGCCGCGAGCUCUCCGCAAGCCCCGCCUCCGGUUCCGGCUCUGGUGUCGGCUCCAGCGCCAUCUGCGACAUUGCAUGCCCCGGUCGCAGGCGCCGCGGGCUCGCGCCGCGGGACAACGCCCCGGACUGCUGGCUGUACAGCGACACGAACCUGAACCAGCGCGAGGUGGAAAAGUGCGUGACCGACGUCUGCAAGCACAGCCUGGAUGAGGCCCGCCGCAACAACCGCUUCUCCAACUACGGCUGCGUCGGCCUCUACCCCAACAACAAGCACAACCCGCUGCCGUACGAGAAGGCGCCGUCGGGCGACCUCGCCGUCAGGGGUAAGUGCCAGUGCGACAACCCGGCCGUCAACCAGUUCGCCGACAUUGUGUUUUCGGCAAUGGCGGCCAUCGCGCAGAUUGCCUGCUUCAUUAUCAUGUCCGCGUUCAAGGCGGUCCUUGAUCUGGGCAUGGCGGCCUUUCCGCAGACUGGCCAGGUGCUUUCCGCGGGCCUAGAGGCGGCCACGGGGGCCGCCAAGCUGUACGGCUACGCCUACGCCGAGUCGGAGGACCCCGCGGGCGCGUUCCAGUGGUGGCUCAGCCCGUGCGGCGGGACGGAUCUUGUGCCAGACGAACUCAAGAAAGCGUUUGACAUUCUGAAUUCCGUGACCGAGAGUGUCUCCUCGUGGAGGGCGCCGUCGGGCCUCACCAAGGGCAGCUUCAAGAGGGGCGACGCGUUGAAUCCGCUGAAUCGAAAGCCCCUACCCGCUGGGGAGCACCCCGGGCCACCAGGCGUCAAGGACGUGAAGAAGCUUGAUGAAAAGCCGAAAGACGCGCCAAAGGACGACAAGAAGGACGGUGGCAAGGAUCGAGAUAAGAACAAGAGCGAAGCCAAGGACAAGAAGGACGACGGCAAAGACAAGGACAAAAAGGACGACGGCAAGGACAAGGACAUAAAGAACGGCAAGGACAAGGACAAAAAGGACGACGGCAAGGACAAGGACAUAAAGAACGGCAAGGACAAGGACAAAAAGGACGACGGCAAGGACAAGGAGAAAAAGGACGACAAGAUGAAGCCGGCAGACGACAAGCAAAAGCCAGACGCGGAGCCAAAAAAGAACAAUGGCAAGGAUAAAGCCAAGGACAAAGACGAGCACAAAGACGAGCACAAAGACGAGGACCACGACAAUGGAACGGAUGCCAGCGUGGACGACACCCAAGACCAGGACGCAAAAGAGGAUACAAACGACCAAAGCAUGGACAAUGACGCGGACCAAGAUGCGGAUCAGGAGCCCCAAGGCGAGGACGCAGACGCAGACGCAGACGCAGACGCAGACUCCCAGCAAGCAGACCAGCCGCAAGAGGCGCCAUGGGAUGGCGUAGACCCUCCGGCGGGCGAGUCCCAGAAGAACGAUGCUGGGGAUUCGGACUCGAACUCGGACUCUUCCACAGAUGAUGCACCCCCAGCCGGGCCCGAGGAUGCAGUGUCCGCGGGCGAGAAUCUGUUCCAUGGAGCCAACGACGACGACGGGGAGGUUCAGCCAGACGAUCCAGAAGCCGACUCGGGGAGUGUGGCCGAGGACGCCGCCGCCGAGGACGCCGCCGCCGAGGACGCCGCCGCCGAGGACGCCGCCGCCGAGGACGCCGCCGCCGAGGACGCCGCCUCCGAAACGGACACGCGGCCAGCACAAACUGCCGACGAGGAUAAGAACGCCGAGCCAAAAGACCCGCAAGGCCGCUCCGAGGAUGAUGGCCCUUGA